AGGACGACCGAAAGCACUGAACAUUGAAGAAUCUUUCUUCUUUUGCUAAUAUUCACGCGUUUCUCUCUCUCUAUUUAUAUACAUUCUUACAGAUUCCUUCAUAAAUUUUCAUCUUCUUUUGGUUUGUUUGUUUAGAUCUCUUUGAAUUGUUAGGGUUGUUUCAAUUUUUCUGCCAUGGCUUCUAAGCGGAUAUUGAAGGAGCUUAAGGACCUUCAGAAAGAUCCUCCUACUUCAUGUAGCGCUGGCCCCGUCGGAGAGGACAUGUUUCACUGGCAAGCUACGAUAAUGGGCCCUCCAGAUAGUCCCUAUGCUGGGGGUGUAUUUUUAGUCACUAUUCAUUUUCCUCCUGAUUAUCCAUUUAAACCUCCUAAGGUUGCUUUUAGGACAAAAGUUUUCCAUCCAAAUAUUAAUAGCAAUGGCAGUAUAUGCUUGGACAUAUUGAAGGAGCAAUGGAGCCCUGCCUUGACUAUUUCCAAGGUUUUGCUUUCAAUCUGCUCACUCUUGACGGAUCCAAACCCCGAUGAUCCCCUGGUGCCAGAGAUUGCUCAUAUGUACAAGACAGACAGGGCAAAAUACGAAUCAACUGCCCGGAGUUGGACCCAGAAGUAUGCUAUGGGUUAAAACAUUUCCUAUAAGUGCUUGGAUUUGUGUAAAAAGAAUGAAUCUGUCUCUCUGUCCUCUACCUUCCAUCAACAUAAGUGUAGAAUAGCAAUUAAACAAAGCCUCUAGAGGAAAGGCGAUGCUUCGAAUUCGUUUACAUAGAUAGAUAUACUAAUAUUUAAAGAAAUCUGGGAAGUGUUUGUUUAUCUGGUUUAGGAUUUGUAACAUUUGUUUCACCAAUCUAUUUCAUAUAAAACUGUUCACUAAUUGUCUUUAUCAAUUCCACACAGUCUUCAUUA